AGUGCGCGUAGGGAAUGUCCCGGGCAGCCUCUGCUGAGACGCGCGUUCUGCUUCUCUGGUGGCUGAGUGUGCCGGGUUUGGCUCGCCGCGCGCAGAGAUGGCGGAGCAGUCUGACAAGGAGGUGAAGUACUACACCCUGGAAGAGAUUCAGAAGCACAACCACAGCAAAAGCACCUGGCUGAUUCUGCACCACAAGGUGUACGAUUUGACUAAGUUUCUGGAAGAGCAUCCUGGUGGGGAAGAAGUGCUGAGGGAACAAGCUGGAGGUGAUGCUACUGAGAACUUUGAGGAUGUCGGACACUCCACGGACGCUCGGGAGUUGUCCAAAACAUACAUCAUUGGGGAGCUUCAUCCAGAUGACAGAUCAAAGAUAACCAAGCCUUCGGAAACUCUUAUUACUACUGUCGACUCUAACUCCAGCUGGUGGACCAACUGGGUGAUCCCUGCCGUCUCAGCACUGCUUGUUGCCCUGAUGUAUCGCCUCUACGUGGCGGAAGAUUAAACACCGUCUCAGAAGCCAGCGCAGGAAGUGACUGCUCUGGACAAGAAGGAAAGCCAAUGUUAACUACUUCAACUGACAGAGAACGUCCCC